GCCAAUUUGGCCCCACAUCCUUGAAACGUCAUGAAGCGGCUGGCCUGCCUGGUUCCGCUCUUGCUGCUUGUCAGGUUCAGCUGCUUCUCUGUGCCGGAUGGGACCGGCAGGCGGAGAUAUGGCCUGCAGGAGCUUCCAGAGGUCUCUGCCAAGGACAUCGACCAAGGGGACGGCAGCGGCGCGCUGGUGUCCAAGGUGCUGGAGGCCGGGGUGCGGCUCCUCUUGCGCCGCUACGAUGACGUGACGGUGCGGGUGCAGAGCAGGUGGGACCAGCUCAUCCGCGGCCGCGUGGAGGCGGUUCACUUGGCUGGAGAGAACUGGUGCACGAAGCUGGGCCUCCGGGCGCGGGCGCUGCGCGUGGCGGCGCUGCGCGGGGCGGCGCUGGACUACGGGGAGCUGCUGCAGGGCCGCGUGACGUUGACGGAGGCGGCGCAGGGCUGGGCGGAGGCCGUCUUCGAUGCCGAGGAGUUCGCGGACUUCCUGGUCUACCCGCAGGUGGCAGCGGCCGCGCCGGAGCUGGAGGGCGCCCAGUUCCGGUUCUGCGGCUCGGUGGAGAUCUCGAGUGCCGACGAGACGCUGACCUUCCAGGGCUCCCACGCCGGCGACCUCUUCCGCGGGACCCUGUCCUGUGGCGAUGGCACGCAGCCCCAAGUAUCGCUUCACGGUGACAUUGACGAGGCACGCCGGGUAGCGCUCGAGAGGGCGCUGGCCAGUUUCUUCAGGUCUUUGUACGUGGACCUGGCCGGCGUGUGCCUCAGCUUCGAGCGGCUCCGCUUUGGGAAGGAUGUGGCAGCAGUGCUGCUGAAGGCCGAAAUCCGGCGGAUCCCGAACCCCUUCCGAGACCGGAUAUAGCGCGCGCCAAAA